ACUAUUGAAACACAUGUUGAUUCGCAAAGAAAUGCUACAGUUUCAACAUACAUUUCACUGUCGUUUUCAAGGGAACUACAGGAACUUCUUACAAUGGAGAACCCAAUUUUUCAAAUGAAUUUCGAUCAGCAAUGUUCAAAGAUAGAAAACACAAGCCAACCAGCAAGCUAAUAUCAACUAAAACACUUGCGAAAAUUUGUUCUGAGCUGCAAAUAAAGCUGCAAGAGGAAAGACAAAAGGCCUCACAGCAGAUGCAAAUGUUGGAACUUGAGAUCUCCUGUCUGCGUGGCCAGCUGGGCGAGAGGGACCAGAUGUUGACCCAAUACAAAAGCCAGCAAGCGAACAUGACCCUGGAACACCAGCGGCAAUGGAAGGACCUCAUUGAAAAGCUUGACCAUUUCAACUCAGAACUGGAACUCAGAAUGAUGCAGGAAGGGACUGUUCCAGAAAAUUUUCGAACGGCACAACUCUACGAGCAGAUGACGGUUCUCACUGUUUUUGAGGAUGUAGUAGAGGAUUUCAAGAGGGCCUUCGUUAGAGAUCAAAACCUGCUGCCCAUGCAUCUCUUUAAUACAGUAGCGAGGUUGUCGCCACACUUGUACAUUGUGGGUGUUCAGAGCCUUCAGUCUCAGUUGAUGUCACUGAUCCAAGAAGUCAAGAAACAGUCCAGCAAAUAAGACAUGGCCUCAAAGACCAUCGAUAAGAAAUCUGCCAGGAUAAGAAUGCUGGAGAAGGAUAUGGAAUCCAAAGAGCAGGAGUGGAGGCAGAAAUACAAGGCACUGUGUAACCAUAGAUGAUUAUAGUAAUCUGUAGGCAAAUCUUGCCAUUUCUGAGGACACUUUAAACAAGGAGCGAAAUGAGUUUGCAAAAAGGAAUUGUUUCUGCUGUUUCUGCUUGUUUGUUGAUUGGUUUUAAACCUAUUUAUUUUAGCUCGAUUGAACUGAAAGCCUAAGGCAUAGGGGAACGCUCUCAAUUUCAGGCCCUCUUGUCAUGUUCUUUAUUUUAGCGCCAUACUUACCAUUAAAGGGACUGUCAACCAUGACGACGAAGAAAAGAAAAGUUUUUAAAUACCGUAUUUUUUACAAUUAUUAGUUUAUAUUGAUUAAAAUAUCACGACUGGUAUAGUACAUUACUUUUAAAAAGUUUUUUUAUUUUCAGUAUAUUCGGUAAUAAAUUUUACUGGGUAUGUCUACCAGGUAACUACCAGUUAACUAUAAAUAACGCCAGUAAAUUGAUCAUCAUCGUCACUUGGUAAACCCAGGAAUGCAAAUUGUGCAUGCGUAGUGAAUUGUAUAUAUUUUAUAUAUAAAAUGAUCAAUCAACCUGCGUUUUUUAUUGUGUGUGUGUGUGUGUGUGUAUAUCGUUAUGUCACCUAUUUUCGCGAUGUACUUUCAAUUUCACAUCGCGAAAUUUUAUUACCGAAUAUACUGAAAAUAUGAACGUUUUUUUAAGUAAUGUAAUAUACCAGUCGUGAAAUUUUUAUCAAUAUAAACUAAUAAUUGUGAAAAAAAUACGGUAUUUUAGAGAUUUUCUUUUUCCGUCAUUUAUGGUUGACAGUCCCUUUAAGCUCCCUUUUUCAUUCAAAUACAAAAAGCAAGCCGUAACUUAAACUGAUUGUAAGAUCUUUUGCCAAUUGUUUUUUCAAAAUGUUUCUUUUUGAAUAUUAAAUGUACUAUAACAAUUAUGAAUACCGUGCUUUAUCAUUUAUUACGCACAACCAUGUAUAACGUGCACCCAAUUUUUAGCUCACCUGAGCACAAUUUGCUCAUGGUGAGCUUUUGUGAUCGGCUUAUGUCCGUCGUCCGUCGUGCGGCGUCAACAUUUGCCUUGUUAAUACUAUAGAGGCCAUAUUUAUUGUCGAAUCUUCAUGAAAUUUGAUCUUAAAGACAUCUUGGAUGAGUUCGAAAAUGGUUAUGUUUGCUUGAAAAACAUGGCUGCCAAGGGGCGAGGCAUUUUUUCCUUAUAUGGCUAUAGAAAAACCUUAUUAACACUCUAGAGGCCACAUUUAUUGAAACUUGGUCAGAAGAUUCUACCCAAUUAUAUCUUGGACGAGUUUGAAAAUGGUUUGGGUUGGUUGAAAAACAUGGCCACCAGGGGGCGGGGCAUUUUUCCUUAUAGGGCUAUAGUAAAACCUUGUUAACACUCUAGAGGCCACAUUUAUUUUCCGAUCAUCAUGAAACUUGGUCAGAAGAUUUGUCCCAAUGAUAUCUUGGAAAAGUUGAAAAAUGGUUUGGGUUGCUUUAAAAACAUGGCCAAUAGGGGGCGGGGCAUUUUGCCUUAUAUGGCUAUAACUGGCUUUAGUAAAACCUUGUUAACACUCUAGAGGCCACAUUAAUUUUUUGAAAUUGGUCAGAAGAUUUUUCCAAAUGAUAUCUUAAUUAAGUUUAAAAAUGGUAUCGGUUGGUUGAAAAACAUGGCCGCCAUUUAUUUUCCGAUCUUCGUGAAACUUGGUUAGACGAUUGGUCACAAGGAUAUUUUGGAUGAGUUCGAAAAUGGUUACGUUUGCUUCAAAAACAUGGCUGCCAAGGGGCAUUUUUCAUUAUAUGGCUUUAUAUAUGGCUUUAGUAAAACCUAGUUAACACUCUAGAGGCUAUAUUUAUUGUCCAAUCUUCAUGAAAUCUUCAGAGGAUUGGUCUCAAUAAUAUUUUGGAUGAGUUCGAAAAUGGUUACGUUUACUUGAAAAACAUGGCUGCCAAGGGGCUAUAAUAAAACCUUUUAAGCACUCUAGAGGCCACAUUUAUUGUCCAAUCUUCAUGAAACUUGGUCAGAAGAUUUGUCCUACUGAUAUUUUGGAUAAGUUUGAAAAGGAUUCCGGUUGGUUGAAAAACAUGUCCGCCAAGGGGGCGGGGUAUUUUUCCUUAUAUGGCUUUAGUAAAACCUUGUUUACACUCUAGAGGUCACAUUUAUUUUCCGAUCAUCAUGAAACUUGGUCUGGAGAUUUAUCCCUAUGAUAUCUUGGACAAGUUCGAAAAUAUGUGUUUCCAGUUGUUUUAAAAACAUGGCCACCAGGGGGCGUAGCAUUCUUCCUUAUAUGGCUAUAUAUGGCUUUCGAAAUUUCUAUAGUGGCCACAUUUAUUGUUCCACUUCAUGAAACUUGGUCAGAAGAUUCAUCCUAAUUAUAUCUUGGAUGAGUUUGAAAAUGGUUCGGGUUGGUUGAAAAACAUGUACACCAGGGGGCGGGGCAUUUUUCUCUCUUGCUGCCACAUUUAUUGUCCGACCAUCAUGAAACUUGGUCACAAGAUUUGUCCCAAUGAUAUCUUAGAUGAGUUAAAAAAUAGUUUUGGUUGGUUGAAAAACAUAGGCACAAGUGGGCGUUGCAUUUUAAGCUCACCUGAUUGCUCAGGUGAGCGUUUUGUGAUCGGUCUUUGUCCGUCGUCUGUCCGUCCAUUCGUCCACAUUUGUUCGUCAACACCAGAGGCCACAUUUCUUGUCCGAUCUUCAUGAAACUUUGUCAGAAGCUUUGUCUCAAUGAUAUCUCGGUCAAGUUCGAAACUGAGUCGUGCCGGGUCAAAAACUAGGUCACAAGGUAAAAAAAACAACAACAAAAAACUUGUAAACACUCUAGAGGCCACAUUUAUUGUCUGAUCUUAAUGAAACUUGGUCAGAAGCUUUGUCCCAAUGAUAUCUCGGUUCAUAUUGAAACUGGGUCAUGCCGGGUCAAAAACUAGGUCACUAGGUCAAAAAAAGAAAAACCUUGUAUACACUGUAGAAGUCACAUUUCAUGUCCAAUCUUCAUGUAACUUUGUCAAUAUGUUCGUCUUAAUGAUAUCUUGGUUGAGUUAAAAAGUGGUUCCGGUCCGUUGAAAAAAGAUGGUCGCCAAUGGGAGGGGCAGUUUCCUUAUUUGGCUCUUGAGGAACCUUGCAAACACUCUAGAGGCCACAUUUCUUGUCCGAUCUUCAUGAAACUUAGAAGAAUUGUCCCAAUGAUACCUCGGUAUAGUUCAAAACUGGGUCGUGCCGGGUCAAAAACUAGGUCACUAGGUCAACAAAAAGAAAAACCUUGUAAACACUGUAGAAGUCACAUUUCAUGCCAAAUCUCCAUGUAACUUCAUCAAAAUUUGUGUCUUAAUUAUAUGUUGGUUGAGUACAAAAGUGGUUCCGGUUCGUUUAAAAAACAUGGCCGCCAGUGGGAGGGGCAGUUUUCCUUAUUUGACUAUUGAGAAACCUUGUAUACAUUCUAGAGGUCACAUUUCUUAUCCGAUCUAAUUGAAAUUUGGUCAGAAGCUUUUGUCCCAAUGAUAUCUCGGUCGAGUUUGAAACUGGGUCAUGCCGGGUCAAAAACUAGGUUAAAAAAGAAAAACCUUGUAAACACUGUAAAAAUCAUAUUUCAUGCACAUUCUUCAUGUAACUUUGUAGAAAUGUUUGUCGAAAUGAUAUCUUGGUUGAGUUCAAAAGUGUUUCCGGUCCGUUGAAAAACAUGGCCGCCAGUAGGCGGGGCAGUUUUCCUUAUUUGGCUGUUGAGAAACCUUGUAAACACUCUAGAGGCCACAAUUCUUGUCCGAUCUUCAUAUGAAACUUAAAAGAUUUGUCCCAAAGAUACCUCGAUUGAGUUCGAAACUGGGUCAUGCUAGGUCGAAAACUAGGUCACUUGGUCAAAAAAAAGAAAACCUUGUAAACACUGUAGAAGUCACAUUUUAUGCCCAAUCUUCAUGUUACUUUGUGAAAAUGGUUGUCUUAAUGAUAUCUUGGUUGAGUUCAAAAGUGGUUCCGGUCCGUUGAAAAAUAUGGUUGCCAGUGGGCGGGGCAGUGUAACUUAUUUGGCUAUAGAGUAACCUUGUAAACAUUCUAGAUUGCACAUUUCUUGUCCGAUCUUAAUGAAACUUGGUCAGACGAUUUGUCCCAAUGAUACCUUGUAAACGCACUAGAGGCCAUAGUUUUGGUCCACUGAUGAUGGUACUUGACCAGGAUGUUUUUCUUGAUGAUAUCUAUGCAAAGUUUGACAUUGGUCAUGUGGGGUCAAAUUCUUGGUCAUGCGGUCCAAAUCUUACAAAAACAUUGUAAACACAUGUAGAAUUAGCAUUACUUGCAAAUGUUUGCAUGCAAAACCCCAUGCAAAUAGACAGUUCUCAAUCAGAAUUAAUCAUAUGCUCACGCUGCAAAAGUAAACAGAAGAGAACCAAUCUAAUAUGCUCUAGAGUACUGCAUUUUCAACUAAGCAAUGAAUAAGGCCUUGUAAAAAAAGUAAGCUAACCAGGGCCAUCUUGGCCCUCUUGUUCCUUAUAUGGCUAUAUGGCUAUAAUACAACCUUGUUAACACUCUAGAGGUCACAUUUAUUGUCUGAUCUUCAUGAAACUUGGUCUCAAGAAAUUAUCCCAAUGAUAUCUUGGACGAGUUGAAAAAUUGUUCCAGUUGGUUUUAAAAAUAUGGCCACCAGGGGGCGGGGCAUUUUUCCUUAUAUGGCUUUUCAAAGAACUUGUUAACACUCUUUAAGUCACAAUUUUUUACCAAUCUUCAUUAAACUUGGUCAGAGCACAAUGUGCUCAUGGUGAGCAUUUGUGAUCGCCUUUUGUGCGUCAUGGGUCGUGCGGCGUGCGGCGUUAAAAUUUGCCUUGUUAACACUCUAGAGGACACAUUUAUUGUCCAAUCUUCAUAAAAUUUAGUCAAAGGAUUGGUCUCAAUAAUAACUUGGAUGAGUUCCAAAAUGGUUACGUUUGCUUGAAAAACAUGGCUGCCAAGGGGAAGGGCAUUUUUCCUUAUAUGGCUUUGUAUGGCUAUAGUAAAAUCUUGUUAACACUCUAGAGGCCACAUUUAUUGUCCGAUCUGCAUGAAACGAGGUCAGAAGAUUCAUCCCAAUAAUAUAUUGGACAAGUUUAAAAAUGAUGCCGUUUAAUUGAAAAACAUGGCCGCCAGGGGGCGGGGCAUUUUUCCUUAAAUGGCUAUAGUAAAACCUUGUAAACACUCUAGAGUCUACAUUUAUUUUCCGAUCUUCAUGAAACUUCGUCUGAAGAUUUGUCUCAAUGAUAUCAUGGAUGAGUUCGAAAAUUGUUGCGUUUGCUUGAAAAACAUGGCUGCCAAUGCUUGGGGCAUUUUUCCUUAUAUGGCCAUAGUAAAAUCUUGUUAACACUUUAGGGGCCACAUUUAUUUCUGAUCUUCAUUAAACUUGGUAAGAAGAUUGAUCUCAACAAUAUCUUUGACGAGUUCAAAAAUGAUGCCAGUUGGUCGAAAAACAUCGCCGCCUGGGAGCGGGACAUUUUUCCUUAUAUGGCUUCGGUAAAACCUUAUUAACACUCUAGAGGCCACAUUUAUUUUCCGUUCUUCAUAAAACUUGGUGAGAAGUUUUGUCCCAAUGAUAUCUUGGAUGAGUUCGAAAAUGGUUUUGUUUGCUUUCAAAAUAUAGCCACUAAGGGGCUGGGCAUUUUUCCUUAUAUGGCUAUAUAUGGCUUUAGUAAAACAUUGUUAACACUCUAGAGGCCACAUUUAUUGUCAAAUCUUCAUGAAAUUUGGUCAGAAGAUUGGUCUGAAUAAUACCUUGGAUGAGUUCGAAAAUGUUUACGUUUGCUUGAAAAACAUGGCUGUCAAGGGGCGGGGCAUUUUUCCUUUAAUGGUCAUUUAUGGCUAUUGUAAAAUCUUGUUAACACUCUAGAGGCCACAUUUAUAGAAACUUGGUCAGAAGAUUUAUUCCGAUAAUAUGUUGGACGAGUUCAAAAAUGAUGCCGGUUGGUUGAAAAACAUUUCCGCCAGGGGGCGGAGCAUUUUUCCUUAUAUGGCAAUAGUAAAACCAUGUUAACACUCUAGAGGCCAUAUAUAUUUUCCGAUCUUUAUGAAACUUGGUCAAAAGAUUUGUCCCAAUGAUAUCUUGGAUGAGAUCGAAUAUGGUUUCGGUUGUUUUUAGAACAUGGCCACCAAGGGGCGGUGCAUUCUUCCUAAUAUGGCUAUAUAUUGCUUUAGUAAAACCUUAUUAAGACUCUAGAGGCCACAUUUAUUGUCUGAUCAUCAUGAAGGUUGGUCAGACGAUUUGUCCCAAUUAUAUCUUGGAUGAGUUCGAAAAUGGUUCUGGUUGGUGGAAAAACAUGGCCCCCAAGGGGAGUGGCAUUUUUGCUUAUAUAGCUAUAAUAAAACCUUGUUAACACUCUAGAAGGAAGCCAUAAUUACUGUCCGAGCAUCAUGAAACAUUUUCAGAAGAUUUUUCCCAAUGAUUUCUUGGACAGGUUUGAAAAUGGUUCCAGUCGCUUAAAAAAAUAUGGCCACUAGGGGGGCUGGACAUUUUUUCUUAUAUGGCUUCAUGAAUCUUCAUGGAACUUGGUCAGAAUAUUUGUUUAAAUGAUAUCUAGUAUGUGUAUGAAAGUGUUUCUGGACUGUAGAAAAACGUGGCUGCCAGGAUGUUCACUAGUCAUGAAAGUUGGUAAGAACAUUUUGUUAUCAUGACAUCUUGGGCUGAACAGAACAGGUCAGUUCCUUUGAAUCUCAGGUGAACAACUUUGGGCCUUUCAGGCCCUUUUGUAGUUGCACUUUUUGGGAGAUGAUUUUCUUGACCACAUUCCGAAGUCACCGUGUCCAAAAUUUAUACAUGUACCCACCAACAACACGCAUUGUUCAUUCAUGAUGUUUUAAAAAGGUAUAUAUUGAUAGAAUUAUACUGUUGUAAUGAUAUCUUUCACCAUAACCAUCCUAGAGGCUUAAAAGCACCUUAUAUACCACUGUAGCACCUUUAUUUUAUGGUUAUAAUUUUGAGGUAUCCUAUGAAAAAUCACCUGAAUAUGGUAUACAUGUACACCUUAAAAUGAACACUUCAUUUAGACAGGUAAAUUGUAAUUUGCUAACCAAGGUUGAUGGUGUUGUAUGACAUAUUAUGCACUUGGAGACUUUUGUAAGGCAACACACACUCGCAGACUUAUCUAAUGCAACACUUUUCAAACUUGAAUAUCUCAUUUAUAAGAAGUGAUUUUGGUUGUACAUGUGAUCACUUGUUUGAUGUUGCAUUUAAUAAGACAAACAAUUUAAAAUUGCCAGGAAUCGAAAUGCUGUCUUUUUAGCUCACUUGAGCUUACCGUGCUCACGGUGAGCUUUGUGAUCGCCUUUUGUCCGUCGUGCGUUGUCCGUCGUCCGUUGUGCGACGUCAACAUUUGCCUUGUUCACUCUCUAGAGGCCACAUUUAUUGUCCAAUCUUCAUGAAAUUUGGUCAGAAGAUUGGUUUCAAUGAUAUCUUGGAUGAGUUCGAAAAUGGUUACGUUUGCUUGAAAAACAUGGCUACCAAAGGGGCGGGGCAUUUUUCCUUAUAUGGCUAUAAAUGGCUAUAGCAAAAUCUUGUUAACAAUCUAGAGGCCACAUUUAUUGUCCGAUCCUCAUAAAACUUGGUCAUAAGAUUCAUCCCAAUAAUAUCUUGGACGAGUUUGAAAAUGAUGUCGGUUGGUUGAAAAACAUGGCCGCCAGGAUGCGGGGCAUUUUGCCUUAUAUGGCUAUAGUAAAACCUUGUUAACACUCUGGAAGCGACAUUUAUUUUCAGAUCUUCAUGAAACUUGCUCAGAAGAUUUGUCCCAAUGAUAUCUUGGAUGAGUUUAGAAAUGGUAACCUUUGCUUGAAAAACAUGGCUGCGAAGGGGCGGGGCAUUUUUCCUUAUAUGGCUAUAAAUGGCUAUAAUAAAAUCUUGUUAACACUCUAGAGGCUACAUUUAUCGUCCAAUCUUCAUGAAACUUGGUAAGAAGAUUUAUCCCAAUAAUAUCUUGGACGAUUUCGAAAAUGAUGCCGGUUGGUUGAAAAACAUGGCCGCCAGGGGGCGGGGCUUUUUUCCUUAUAUGGCUAUAGUAAAACCUUGUUAAAACUCUAGAGGCCACAUUUAUUUUCCGAUCUUCAUGAAACUUGCUCAGAAGAUUUGUCCUAAUAAUAUCUUGUUAUCUCAGGUGAGCGACUUUGGGCCUCUUGUUUACACAAAUCUGUGCACUUUGUGUUGUUUAAAUAUAAGGGAGUCUUUAUUCUUUUAAUACUUAUGUCAUAGUAUUCAAUAUUCAGUGAUUCAUUUAUUGAAAACAAGUCUGUAUCUGUCAUUAAUGUUGCAUUUUAUAAUAAUGCUCAUGGAAAUGUUUCUAUUUUAUGAUAAAAUCUUGUAAAUUGAUACCAGCGUGAAAUUUGGGAGGAAAAUCAAAGUUAAACAGGCUGGUCUAUGGCUACCCUAGCUGGCAUUACACUCAUUUCUUCAUGAUGCAACUCAAAUUAUGAACUACCUUACAAACUAUGGUACACUCGCCUAACUCAAUAACUUAAAACUUAUAAUAGGGACCUUUAUUUUGAUUUGUUGAUCUGUUUGAGGUACACACAUUUUAUGGAAAUCUUUUAUCAUACACUUGUGCUGUAUGGAAACUAAAAUAUUGUUUUUGUUUGAUAUUUAGUUGUUAAUUCAUUUACUAGGGUUUUAUUUUUAUUUCAUCUGUCAAGAAAUCCAUUUAUGACAUGUUUCUUGAAUUCAAAAACAAAUGUUUUGCAGCAAAUACUUAACAACAUGAUGCAAAUUAACUCAACGUUCUCAACAAAUGUCUGUUUUCAUUAUGGCUUAAAAAGAAAAUGUCGAUAUGAGAAUUGCUUGUUCAGCAUAACAUUCUCAAGAGAUUAACUACAUUUGAAUUGUCUUAACAUUCACUUUUUAUUUGUUUGCUAACAAAAAGUAAUAAGUAAUAAAUAGUGAACUAAACUCUGGUCAUUUGAAACUACUUGCAGUCAAUAUUUUGAAAUAAACAUAAGUUAGUUGAUUUUAAAUUAUUUGCCACAUUUUUGUUUAACUAAGUUUGUGCAAAUAGGCAUCAUUCCUUCAUUGUAAAGGAUUUUUGUGAAAGCAGCAACAUUUUGUAUAUUAUGUACUACAAAAUGUAGAAAAUUAUUAUAAAUUGUAUCAUUGCAUAUUGCAUGAGGUUGUGGGAUUUAUUUGGAAACAUGUAUAUACAUGCAAAAAUUAGAAGAAUCCUUUGUUUAUAUUGAUUUUCUAUAUUCAUGUGUAUUAAUGGUGCAUACAUGCUGUUUCGGAUAAACGGAAUGUUAUCGGAA